CCCGGCCUCGGCUGCCUACCUCGGGAAAGCGUGGGCUUCAAGAAGGAGGGUGUUGCCCUGAGAUCCAUCCCUGUUUCUGAGGCUGUUGCUGCCCCUACCAUGGACUUCUUGAUGAGUGGUCUGGCAGCCUGCGGGGCCUGUGUGUUCACCAAUCCCCUUGAGGUUGUGAAGACCAGAAUGCAAUUGCAGGGCGAACUGCAGGCCCCAGGCACCUACCAGCGUCACUACCGAAACGUCUUCCACGCCUUCUUCACCAUUGGCAAGGUGGACGGCCUGGCUGCCCUGCAGAAGGGCCUGGCCCCUGCACUCCUGUACCAGUUCCUGAUGAAUGGCAUCCGACUGGGCACCUACGGGCUGGUGGAGUCUAGGGGCUACCUGUGUACCGCUGAUGGCUUCCACAGUCCCUACCGCAGCGCCGCAGCCGGGGCCAUGGCUGGGGUCAUGGGAGCCUAUUUGGGAAGCCCCAUCUACAUGGUGAAGACACACCUGCAGGCACAGGCAACCUCUGAAAUUGCUGUAGGGCACCAGUAUAAGCAUCAGGGCAUGUUUCAGGCACUAACCGAGAUUGGCCAGAAACAUGGUCUAGUGGGGUUGUGGCGUGGGGCCUUGGGUGGCCUGCCCAGAGUUGUCAUCGGCUCCUCCACCCAGCUGUGCACCUUCUCAUCCACCAAGGACCUCAUGAGCCAGUGGGAGAUCUUCCCUCCCCAGAGCUGGAAGGUGGCUCUGGCGGCCGCCAUGGUGAGCGGUGUCGCAAUAGUCCUGGCCAUGACGCCCUUUGAUGUGGCCAGCACAAGGCUUUAUAACCAACCUACUGACACUCAAGGCAAGGGCCUCAUGUACCGGGGGAUCUUCGACGCUCUGCUGCAGACAGCUCGGACAGAGGGCUUUUUUGGCAUGUACAAGGGUAUAGGUGCCUCCUACUUUCGCCUCGGCCCGCACACUAUCCUGUCCCUGUUCUUCUGGGACCAGCUGCGUUUCCUUUACAACACAUAUGCUAAGUAGCCGUUAGCCGUCGCUCUCCUGCACUCAGGUCUCUCUCUGGGCACCUCUGCCCCUACUACUCACCACCUUGGUGACUGGUGACCAGCUGACUUCCCAGCACCUUAGGGGCGCAGCCAUGCCCACCUCUUUUCUGAUCUUUCAGGGUCAGCAGUCAUCCUGAGCAGCAUUUACGUCCCCCUCCGUACUUCGCCCGUGUCAGGGUUCAGUCACUCCAAAGUAUAUUUCUACUGUCAAUCUUGGGUCCCUUCUGUUCCUGUGCACAGCUUUAAACUCCCCUUCCCAGACCACAGGGAACUGGGAAGACCCAGGUGUCCGCUGAGAUUCAAAGCCACAGAGAUCAUGUUGUCUAUAAAGCGAGU